CUGAAGAAACUUCAAGAGUCACUAAAAACUAACCAACCUUGCAUGCCAAGUUCCAACUUCAUUCAUCUCUAUUUUUGUUAGUUUUCCUUCAUUCUUCAUUAGUUUCAAUUUCAUUGACGUCAAAACUAUAGCAUGAGUUCCUACAAGUCAUCGCCAUCGUCCUCCAAAACCAAAAAGAAGCAAACCACAACACAAGACCAUCAACAACAUGAAACGGUUUGGGGAGGGAGGUAUCUUGGUGUGAGGAGGAGGCCGUGGGGAAGGUAUGCGGCGGAAAUUCGGGACCCUUCCACCAAGGAAAGACAUUGGUUGGGUACAUUUGACACCGCAGAAGAGGCUGCUCUGGCUUAUGACAGGGCGGCCCGCUCCAUGCGUGGACCACGUGCCCGAACCAAUUUCGUCUACCCGGAUACUCAACCGGGUUCUUCCGUCACCACUAUCCUCUCCCCUGAUGAACAAACUCAAACCCAAAUCCAAAUCCAUCAGGUACAAGAAGACCUCUCGUCUUUACUGAACCCGAACCUCUUUUCACAACCUGACCCAAACCCGCAAUUUUCCUUGGGCGGGUACUCGGGUGUAACGAACACUCCCACAUUUUCUACCACCGAAGUUGUUUCGUCUGGUGGCUAUAGCUAUAGUUAUGGUUACACCGAAGGAGGAAGCAACGUGGAGGAUUCACAUUCACAUUCUCAUUUUAAUCUCUUUGAUGAUGGUGAAACGCAGCUUCCACCGUUGCCACCGGAUAUCACAAGCUCCAUUGCCUAUGAAACGGGGCAUGGACUUUACGGAGACGGUGUCGGGUUUUCGGACCCGAGUUUUAGUUUGACUGAUACCGGAUCGAGUUACCCGUUUUCUGGGUUCGAAUCGGGUGAUUACGUGGUGCACAGUCCACUUUUCAGUGCAAUGCCACCUGUGUCCGAUAACGUGGCAAUGGGUCACGAGGAUUUUGAUUUGGGAAGCUCUUCUUAUUUCUUCCGAAAUUAGAAAGAGUAUUGAAUGAAGGAAUGUGCAUAGCGAAUUUGGAAUUCGCAUGUUGCAAUUUCGUGUUCUGUGUGUGUUUUUUAUGUGAGAGUGACUUUGUUUGCAGUUAAUAAGUUAUGGAUAAAAGUACACAUUACGGUGUAUGUUAUGUGUUGUGAGGAAAGGGACAUGCUUUGAUGUGUACUUGGGCUUUGGGGGAGUAGAGGCUUGUAAUGGGCCCUCUCUUACUGGGCUUUUUGUCUGUUAUGUUGAUUUGAUUUUCGUAACAAUUUGGUCUAUUAUUUGGAUUAUUUGCAAUCUUCACUCACUUGUUGCUUAA